GUUUUUUGAAACGCAAAAAUGACUCGUUUUGAUAAUAAAAUAUGAAAAUUUAUGCAUAAAGGUAAGGAAGUAGAAUUUGUAACUUUUAACUUUAAAACACAAAAUUACCGAAUAAUGAGCAAAAGAGCCCAAGAAAACCAAAUUGAAGAAGGAAUUGAGCACAUACCAUGAUUGGACCAAGCAAAUUAAUGGCAACAACAUUACUCAAUUCAUUUGAACGAAAAGAGAAGUUUGGUAAUACUUAAAAAACAACACCAACCCACAAGCCUUUUUCCUUUAUGCAGCUGAUUUGUGACCAUUUUUCUCUCACCUGUAAAGGAAAAAAAUCAAUCUAAAUUUAAAAAAAGACUUUCCACCUUUUUGAAAUGCCUCUAAAGCUACCACCUUCAUUGUUUGCUAAGCAAUCUUCACAAUUAUUUUCCCUCGAUCCCUUUCAUAAGAUAUAUGUAUAUAUAUAUAAAAGAGCAUGUAACACAUGGCCAAUGGCCUUUCCAUUUUGUGAAGCAAAUGGGGAGUGAGAGCAUAUCUCAUAAACAACAUUAUGAUAUCUCCAUGUCAAAGAGAACUAGAAAGCCAGCCAAAAUCCAAGAUGAGCUUCAGAUUCUCCCAACAAACGAUGACGAUCUUAUUAUCAUUGGUAAAGGAGAUCAAUCCGAGAUCAACAACGACCAUAAAAGCUUAAAACAACUCAUCAGUGGCGAAGGGAAGGCAGAAAUAAGGUCGGACGAGGGCAACCGAGAAAGGAACUCGCUUGGCCAACACUUUAGUAAAGAAGAGAUCAACAAUCUUCAAAUUGUGAAGAAACAACAUCAAGAUGGAUUACAAGGAGUGAAGCUGAAAAAAGUAGUUGGGAAAUUUUUGAGAAAUUUGAUCAAAGGUGGUGGUGAUCAUCAUCAACACCAGCUGAUGAAGAAACCAAUUAGAAAAAAGUCUUUUCUGUAAUUCACGUUGAAAGGAAAAAUAUCCAUUAAAAACUUCAUCAUUUUGCAGAGGUUGGUGAAAAUGGAGUAUUUGUUUUCUUUGUUGUUUAAUUUCAAUACUUCAUAGAAAAAGAGGAUUAAAUUUCUCAUAAGAGAUUGUAUAUGAAAGGGUAUAUAUGUGUGUGUGUAUCUAUGUUGUAUAAAUAUUUAAAACUAUGUUGUAUUUCCGAUCAUUAUUACAUAUAAAUAUCAAUAUGGUCUAUAGAGAUGGUCAAUCAUUAAAAAAAA